CCCCUUCAGCAGAGGGGAAGGGACUUGUCGGAUGUGCUGCAGGGAUUUAUUGGCUUUUGGAGUGGGCUAUGCGCUACGCUAAAUUCCACCCCUGUACCCUGGAAAUAAGAAGUUGCGUGUGUUGUAUCUCGCCACGUUUUUUCCUCCCCGAACAGCAGCACAGCAGCUGCAUAAGAGGCGAUGCUCAGGAGCAGGAGCGCCUAAUGUCAGGAGCUCGAUUUGCCUCUGAGCGCAAGUGGUUUGCUAAGUGGAUGCAACCAUUGACGAGCGAACCAAAGACCAAAAACCAAAAAAAAUGUUGGACUGUGAAACAUCGCGUCGCUCUUCUCUGUCGCUCAACUUGGUCUCGACGCCGUGGAGAUGCCUUCCACAGCUGACGACGCUCCUCGGUUCAAAUUGAUUUCAUGAGGAUAACGGCAGCAGCCGCGCAAUGGCAUCGCAUCGCUCAGUCGCUCCAUAGAGCCGCUGCGCCUGGUCCGCUUUUUUUUUUCUGGGAUGAAAAGAAAUCCUCCGGAUGUUUACCGAAGAGUGGGAUUCGUUAGACUGGGAGGAUCUGAAGAAGGUGCUGUCUUUCCCCCCAUACCCUGGGGAGUUUUUGCACCCAGUCGUGUAUGCCUGCACGGCGGUCAUGUUGCUCUGCCUCUUCGCCUCCAUCAUCACCUACAUCGUGCACCACAGCGCAAUCCGUAUCAGUCGGAAGGGAUGGCAUAUGCUUCUCAACUUCUGUUUCCACACGGCUCUGACCUUCGCUGUGUUUGCCGGUGGCAUCAAUCGAAUCAAAUACCCCAUCAUCUGUCAAGCAGUCGGGGUUGUGCUGCACUACUCGUCUCUGUCGACCAUGUUGUGGUUGGGGGUGACAGCUAGGAACAUUUAUAAGCAGGUGACCAAAAGGCCUCCACAGAGCCAAAAUGGCGACCCUCCUGCGCUCCCUAAACAGCCCCUCUUAAGAUUUUAUUUAGUCAGCGGUGGGGUGCCCCUCAUCAUCUGCGGGGUCACGGCAGCCGUCAAUAUAGACAACUAUGGAAGUGGGGAGCAGGCGCCAUACUGCUGGAUGGCCUGGGAGCCCAGCCUGGGAGCUUUCUUUGGCCCUGUGGCCUUCAUCGUCCUGGUGACAUGUAUCUACUUCCUCUGUACCUUCAUCCAACUGCAGCGUCACCCUGAAAAAAAGUAUGAGCUCAAGCAGCUGGCAGAGGAGCAGCAUAGGCUGACUGCUGUCGAUGUGCCCACCCAUUGUCAUCAGGGAGCUGAGCCUGGAGCCCUGGCAGCUCAACCCAGCGGGGGCCACUGUCCCGCCGGCUGCCCGGGCGUCCCGAUCAACCCUGCGCUGCUGGCCAAUGAGCACUCUUUCAAGGCUCAGUUACGAACUGCAGCUUUUACCCUUUUCUUGUUCUUAGCCACUUGGACUUUUGGCGCACUAGCCGUGUCGCAGGGUCACUUCCUGGAUAUGAUCUUCAGCUGCCUCUAUGGUGCCUUCUCUGUCACCCUUGGCCUCUUCAUCCUCAUUCAUCAUUGUGCCAAGCGUGAUGACGUCUGGCAUUGCUGGUGUUCCUGCUGUCCCGGACGGCGAACCAACGCCUGCGCUGGUGCCCAUGGGCCUGCUCAAGCGAGGCCCAAGGUUAACGUGAAUGGAGAUACCCCCGGUCAUGACCAUGGCCACGGCCACAGCCACUGCCACCAUGACUCGCCAUGUCCGGGUAAAGCCCCGAUGAGCUGUGGUCACGGUUCUCUAGGUCACUGUAAACAUGCUGCGCUCCCAUCCUCGCAAAAUCACGUGACAUGCUUGGCACCAGUGACGCCAUGCUGCGCUGUCCUUCACAGCCAGCAGCUGAUAGAAGAGGAGCCUGCGGCGACACAUGUACUGCUUCAUGCAGACCCCGAGGGUUACAGGCCGGGGAUUCAGUUGCACCCCUGUCUAAAGAGCAGCACCAGGACUAAAGGCCGUCACUUCAGUCGCCGGACAGGGACUGGCACUUGUGGAGCGGGGAGCGAGCGGGAAUAUGCUUAUCACAUCCCCUCCAGUGUGGAUGGAGGCAGUGUUCACAGCUCACACACUGACAGUCCCCAUAGUACGCAUGAGCGCCAUGCCCACAUCUGUCCACAUCUGGCCCAUGAAGGCCACCAUGAUGGGCAUCACACAUGCCACGCUGCUGCAGCCACCACACAUGAGGCUCUGGUAUGCCACAAUCCUUGCCACAGGCAUAUCUGCUGUUCCAAGGCAGACCUUCUUCCUUCUCUGUGCCCUGCAGAGGCAGGCGACACGGGCAUCUUCCUGUGUGGCUGCGGCAAAGUGGCCGAGGAGGAGCCAACAGCAACACAUCAUCAUCUGGAGAUGCACGCCCCGCGCAGACAAUCCUACCCCCAGAACCCGCCCAAUCAGAAUGGGAUUCUAAAAGGGGGCCUACAUGAAGGACUCAUGUACACCUCAGACAGCACAGGGAAUAUACGCACUGGACCCUGGAAAAAUGAAACUACUGUGUAGUGUGGGAAGGAAAAGCAGGGGAGACAGGGAGCGCCCCCUGCCUGCCUCGUCCCGCAAAUAUGAACCCUCGCCUCCCUUUUUAGAACAAAAAAAAAAAAAGAAAAGAAUUGAAUAUACAAUUUGGACAUCGCAAUCAACGUGGAAUAUUUUUAUUUUCAGGUCCUCAUGUUUUUAUGUGUGCCGUUUUACUGUACAGAAAUCUGCUAUCAAGGUUAGAGCUCCUGUAGAGCCACACGUCCAUGAAUAAGAAGAAAUUGUGAGAUACGCGUCACACCAUACCAUCAGAUGUAACCGAAGGUGUGUCCAUAGUUGCACAUGAUAUAUAUAUCUAUGUAUAUAUAUAUGUAUAUAUAUAUAUGUAUAUAUAUGUAUAUAUAUAUAUAUAUAUACAUAUAUAUGAAUGCUGUAUGUAUGAUUAUGUAUGAUAGUGCUCAAAGGCAACACACUGCUAAAUUAUUUUACACUUUGAAUUUAACCAUCCAUCAAAUAGUCUACACUGACAGUGAACGUCCAGUAUUUUAAAGAACUCUCAGCAUCCACGUUUUAGAUGACUAAACCAGCAAUUUUAGACUUCACGAGUAUUUUGUCAUUCAUUCAAGCAACUGUGAAUAUCAACUAGACAUUUUCUAAAUAAUAUACAAAGAUACUGUCGCUUGCCAGAUACUUGUGGAUGCCAGGUUAUGUUGUGACAAUUCACGGCAGGAGGAAAAAAAAACAGUAAAGUCAUAUCCAGCAUCCAGCAAGCAUCUUCCAGGUUGGCAUUGAUUGUGCUGUCUGUAUGAUGUCUUCUCUAUUGUGUGUCUUUUACUCCGGGAUGCAAGUAAAUAACGGCAGUGUCAACGGCAGCAGGGUGGCCACUGUGAAUAGAGAGCCGGUGGCGCUUUUGAUCAACUUUGGUGCCACAAAGAGCCCGGUCCACACAGCGAGUUUAUUUCCAAACCACUGUGCUGAUUUGUAUCCUUCAGAGGCUCGGCUCACACAUGCAACAUGUGAAACCAUGACCGUACGGUUCUUUGUAAAAUCAAACAGGUUUUAAGAGAGAGGAAAAAAAGAAGAAGAAGAAGAGAUUGUCUAUAUGAUUGUAAAAGAAACGAGCUGCUUUAAUGUUUGGGAAACCUGCCUGUGACCAAUGUCCUGUUAUUUUUUUUUUUUUUAUUUAUUUAUUUUUUUUUCGAAAUAAAAACUUAAGAAAAUAUUCUGGCGACCUCAGCCAAAACUGGCUGGAGCCACAAAAUGACACAUGGCAGAACUCACUGCAAAUAGAACCCCUUCAUGUUUUAUUUCUAUUUAUUUUUGCUUAGUUAUUGUCCCAUGAAAGACCCAAAGCAUGCAUGCAUUACUCUAAGCUAUGUGCUAUAUUUUGAUAGUGUAAAUGAAUGCCUGUCCAUGAACAUCAUUUUUUUUGCCUCGACCUGAUAAAAGUGCAGCUGGCCAUGUAUCAUUUUCGUCACACUCACACUGAUUUAGCCUGGUUCUCAGCAAACACUGUACCAUUUUGCAAUGUUUAUCUACAUUUUACACCACUUUGAGCUUCAUUUUUAUCCUUGAAUCCAGUCCGGAAAAUCUCAAUGCUCUCGUUUCUGCUUUGGUAGUUAGCUUGUAUUUGUAAUUAAUUUAUUUUAUAUAUUUUUUAUUCUUUUGCACCAUGAAGGUCACAUUGUCAUGGCAGAAUUACCGCUCCACAGAGAAGGCAAAAAGAGACUUUAUUUGUUCAGCAACGUUUGUCUGUUCUCUGAAUGAUGAUGGUUAUAUUGCGUAUGAUAACCCAGACGCAUACAUUAAACGUUUUAUCAGAGAAGUCCGUCGUAAAAAAAAAAAAAUGCUACACCCAUGCAGUGCAGCAUAAUAUGCAGUGCUUAAGCUAAACCACUUCAGCAUGCACACCAUCUCUUUUUUUCCCCAUUGUGUGAACUCUUGUCUGUGUAUAUAGAAUUGGUUUCUGAUGAAUUAUUUUAUAUGAGAUUUAAGAUAUUUAAGAAUAAAAUAAGUCUAAAUGUAAAGAAAGUUGUUUAUGGGGGAUGUUAAUGCUCAGUAUCUGAGUUAAGAAAUGUCUGUUUUGCUUUCAAAUGCCCUUUUUUUUCCCCCCCCCUGUUUUAGUUGACUUCAUAAAGUAUGCAGAGUCGCAAAGUGUUGUGAGACUUAUCCUGUCAUAUCAGACGUAGAAAAUACACUAUACACAAUAACA